GGCCCGGGCUGCGCUCGGACAUGGCGGCGGAGCUGUGCGCGGAGCGGCUGCGCUCGCUGCCGGCCAGCUGGAGCUUCGGCAUCAGCCGCGGCGGCCGCGUCUUCUUCAUCAACGAGGAAGCCAAGAGCACGACCUGGCUGCACCCGCUGACGGGCGAGGCGGUGGUCACCGGGCACCGGCGCAGCCCAGAUCUACCGACAGGCUGGGAGGAAGCCUAUACUUUUGAAGGGGCAAGAUACUACAUAAAUCAUAAUGAACGAAAAGUGACCUGCAAGCAUCCAGUCACAGGCCAGCCGUCGCAGGACAACUGCAUUUUUGUUGUGAAUGAACAGACAGCGACAACAAUGACAUCUGAAGAAAAGAAAGACCGGCCAAUAAACAUGAUAAGUGAAGCUGCACCCUACAAUUUGACAUCCGAUUAUGCUGCGCAUCCAAUGAGUCCUCUGGGCAGGACGUCCCGUUCUUCAAAGAAAGUGCAUAAUUUUGGGAAGAGAUCAAAUUCAAUAAAGAGGAACCCCAAUGCGCCUGUUGUCAGACGCGGAUGGCUUUACAAGCAGGACAGCACGGGCAUGAAGCUUUGGAAGAAACGGUGGUUUGUCCUUUCCGAUCUGUGCCUCUUCUACUAUCGGGAUGAAAAAGAAGAAGGAAUAUUGGGAAGUAUACUUCUUCCCAGCUUCCAGAUAGCAAUGCUUUCUUCUGAGGAUCACAUCAACCGUAAAUAUGCCUUUAAGGCAGCUCAUCCAAACAUGAGGACCUAUUAUUUCUGCACAGAUACAGGGAAGGAAAUGGAGUUAUGGAUGAAAGCCAUGAUAGAUGCCGCACUUGUGCAGACAGAGCCCGUGAAAAGAGCAGACAAGAUAACUGCUGAAAACACACCGCCUCGUGAGGUGAAUAACGUUGCAAACCAUCGGGUGCUAAUUAAACCAGAGGUGCAGAAUAAUCAGCGGAACAAAGAAGUGAGCAAAAUGGAAGACAAAAAGGCCUUGGAAGCCGAAAAAUACGGAUUUCAAAAAGUUGGGCGUGACCGACCCUUAACAAAAAUUAACAGCGUGAAGCUGAAUUCUUUGGGGUCAGAAUACGGGACUUUGCCAGCAAGCACAGUUCCGUCUGGACACUAUAGGCCAAUUCAUUUAAAUGGGUCAGAGAAAGCUGUCAACCUCAUUCUAGCAGACGCUGGAGAUGGAAUCCAUCACAACGCCAUUCACUCGCAAAUAGAGUCCGAACGUGUUAUACAGAGGACAAAUUCAAUGCUGCAGUUGGAACAGUGGAUUAAAAUUCAGAGAGGAAAAGGUCAAGAUGAGGAAACAAGAGGUAUACUUUCAUAUCAGACACUACCAAGAAACAUGCCAAGCCAUCGAUCCCAAGUUCUACCUCGGUAUCCCGAAGGUUAUCGAACCCUACCAAGGAACACCAAAACCAGGCCUGAAAGCAUCUGCAGCGUGACGCCAUCUGUUUAUGAUAAGACCCUUGGGACCCUGCCAGCCGAAGACAAGAGGAGAUCCAUGCGGGAUGACACCAUGUGGCAACUCUAUGAGUGGCAGCAACGGCAGUUUUACAAUAAGCAAACGACUCUUACGCGACAUGGUACUUUAAGUAGCCCCAAAACCAUGAUUAAUAUAUCUGAUCAAACAAUGCAUAUGAUUCCCACAUCACCUUCCCAUGGUUCAAUAGCAGGUUUCCAAGGAUACUCCCCGCAGCGGAACUACCGGUCAGAAGUGUCCUCGCCAGUGCAGAGAGGCGAUGUAACAAUUGACCGCAGGCAUAGACCACAUCAUAACAAGCAGCACGUCUUUGUGGCUGACAGAAGGUCGAUGCCAGCGGGUCUGAGUAUACAGCCUAUUAGUCCCCAGAGCUUGCAGGGCAAAACGCCAGAGGAGCUCACGCUGCUGCUUAUAAAGCUGAGAAGGCAGCAAGCCGAACUGAGUAGUAUCCGGGAACACACAUUAGCACAACUCAUGCAACUAAAACUUGAGGCCAGCAGCCCAAAGAAUGAGAUUCUCUCUCAUCACCUUCAAAGGAAUGCCAUAUAUUUGGAUCAUCAGCUGUCACAAGAUGAAUGCCGGGGUACUCUGUACAAAUACAGAUCAGAAGAGCUGGAUAUUGAUGCGAAGCUCAGCCGAUUAUGCGAACAAGACAAAGUGGUGCAAGCCCUGGAAGAGAAGCUCCAGCAACUACACAAGGAAAAAUAUACGCUUGAGCAAGCUUUGCUAUCAGCCAGUCAAGAGAUAGAAAUGAAUGCAGAAAAUCCAGCCGCCAUACAAAAUGUCAUCUUGCAGCGGGAUGAUUUACAGAAUGGACUCCUUAGCACUUGUCGAGAAGUGUCUCGAGCAACUGCAGAGCUGGAGAGAGCUUGGCGAGAGUAUGACAAAUUAGAGUAUGAUGUAACAGUCACAAAGAACCACAUGCAGGAGCAACUGGAGCGGCUGGGGGAAGUUCAGACUGAGUCAGCCGGCAUACAGCGUGCUCAGAUUCAGAAGGAGCUCUGGCGGAUUCAGGACGUCAUGGAAGGUUUGAGUAAACAUAAGCAACAGAGAAACAGCACCACAGAGGCAGGUAUCGUUGCAUCAAAGGCUUUUUCAUCUAAGUAUAAAAAUGAGGAAGAGGAAGUAGUCCCACCUCGUCCUCCACUCCCUCGGUCCUAUGACUUUGCAGACCAUCCUCCUAUAAUCCCCCCUCUGCCCAGUGAUAGCAGCUCCUUGCUCUGUUAUAGCAGGGGCCCAGUACAUCUACCUGAAGAGAGGAAGAUUCAUCAAGUUCAAGGAUACCAAAGAAACGGAGCCCACUGUGGUCCAGAUUACAGACUUUAUAAAAGUGAGCCUGAGCUAACAACCGUGGCUGAAGUUGAUGAAUCCAACGGGGAGGAAAAAGCAGAGCCAGUUUCCGAGUCAGAAACUUCUGCAACAAAAGGCUCACAUUUUCCUAUUGGAAUUGUGCCUCCCAGAACAAAGUCUCCAACUCCAGAAUCGUCAACCAUAGCCUCUUAUGUGACUCUAAGGAAAACUAAGAAGAUAGACGUAAGAACAGAAAGGCCGAGAAGCGCAGUGGAGCAGUUGUGCCUAGCAGAAAGUGUUCGCCCUCGAAUGACCGUGGAGGAGCAGAUGGAAAGAAUAAAGAGACACCAGCAGGCCUGUCUGAGGGAGAAGAAGAAAGGGCUGAAUAUUCUCGGGCUCUCAGAUCUGUCCCCUUCACAAAGCCCUUCCCUCGUUAGAGAGAGUCCCUUAAAAAUGUCUCAGAACCAAAGGAAGGAUGACUUCUUGAGUAUAACCAAGGAAAUAGAGUACGCCAUUAAAGCGAACGACUUGGGCCAAAGCCAUCAAAAUUGCAUGGACACGCCAUGGCUGAAAGAUGAGGAUCGUGAUGCCGGUUUUGCUGCACAGUUACCAAAAAGUGAUAGUCUACUAUCAUCGGAUGGGUCUGUUGCUUCAAAGGAGGACAGUCCCAACGAGGCUGCAGAAGAACCAAAAGAACUAAAAGAGAGACAAGAUUAUGAAACCAGCCCAGAGAACGAGGCCCCCGUUACAAACCACAAACCCGAAAGCAGCGCAGAAGAGAGUGAAGAAGCCGGCCUUCAAGAGCAGGAAGAUGUCAUUCCUUCCUUCGAGAUGCCGGCACAGACUUCGAGAGGAAACGCUGCAGCAGCAGCUCUCCCAGCCUCUGCUGAAACGAUUCACGGCUGACGUACCAAUGGAACUGUCGAAAUAAGAGAUGUUGUACAGUCAAUUUUUAUGAAAUCUAUGAAAUUCAUAGUUAUGAUGCUUUUGGCCACAGAGCAUCGUUUUAUCACUUCAUGGAAAAUGUUUAUUCCAAGAGAGCUUUAAAUACCCCCAACGGUACCUUCAACAGUUUGGAGAUUGUUCUUUUGAUGCCAGCCUGCUGCUGCUAUGAUUUCCAUCCAGGUAAUUCUGGGUUCUUUUUAACAUGCAGCCUCCAAUCAGAACUUUUGCUGGUGGGCUCCCAGUCCAAGGGUUUUUUUUAAAAAAAAUUAGGAAUUCAAUUAUGUUGGAAUUCUUGCUUCCUUUUUAGCCUUGUUUAUUGAUUACUUUUACAGAUCACCACUUAAACCUCAUUUUAAGAUAUUAAAAAACGGACCAUGUAUUGUUUUCACCUUUUUUGAUUUGUAAAUGUUUUAUGCUCUAUUUAAAAACGUGCCAUUUUUAUUAUUGCCGGGUUAAAAGGUGUGCCCCACUUCUGCUCUGUAAUUAUUUCUCGGUCAAGUUGCAAUGUCAGUUCCUGCCAUACUGUUCUGAAUCUAGACAUGAAUGUUAGUGUUUACUUUUUUCUUUCUCAAAAGAAAAGAAUGAAGGGUAGGGAUUUCGAGGUACUGGGCUCUUCCUCUGUUGGAAUAGGGUGUGUACAGCAAUAAGCAAGUAUUCAGUCCCCCAGUUAGUUUGUGUACAAAUGUAAUUAUGUUCAUUGUGUAUAUAUUAUACAAUGAGCACAACCGAUGUAAGUAUAAAGGACACUUAACUACUGUUCAAAUGCAAAAUGUUCAUAUCUCAUUUCUUUUAUAUCAUGUUAUAAAUAAAUGUGGAUGUUCUUAA